UCAAGGACUAUCAAAUAAACAAAAUUGAGUCGUCCGUGAUUUCAGAUUUUAAUUAUUUACCGAUUUUAAGUGAUACAUAGAUAGUAAUAUUUAUGUUUGAUUUUUUGAAACAUAAACAAAAUAAGAAAAUACUGUUGUGUGAUUAAAAACAUACCUAGUUGUGACCAUCAAAAUUUAUCGAAACAGUAGAUAUGGAAACAGAAAAUGCUCAACUAGAACCACAAUCUGAAAUUCCGUCAGAGGUAGUACAUAAGCCUACCGCGGAGCAAGAGCAAAUUGUGGCCGCUGCACCCGUUGGUAACAAUACUGAAAGCAGUAAUAUAUUAUCAACAUCUGCACCAACGAAAGAUAACGUACAAAAACCGUCGCCAAAGAAACCAAAAAAACGCAAACCUAAGGUACCCCGAGAUGUUACUGCACCAAGGCAGCCUUUAACAGGAUAUGUGCGGUAUUUAAAUGAACGCAGAGACCAGCUACGUGCCGAGCAACCUGAUUUAGGUUUUGCGGAACUUACCCGCCAGUUGGCCAGUGAGUGGAGUAAACUACCUGCAGAGGAGAAACAACAAUACUUGGAUGCUGCAGAUCAAGAUAAAGAGAGAUACAUCAAAGAAUGGGCAGAAUACAAAAAAACAGAUGCAUAUAAGGAAUUCAGACGUCAACAACUAGAGCAGAAGGACUCCAGUGCCCCUUCCAAGAAAGUAAAACAUAAUCCUGUGCAGGAUACUACAGCUGUUACAAACCAAGCAAAUGCACAGUCUACAGAACAAAGCAGUGUAUCCGUGAACGGCACCAUGGUUGUGCCAGCAACUCAAGUAGUACGGCAGCAAACUCCACCCAGACCAAGGCCUUGUAUAACUCCAGCUUCAGAGGAGCUAGGCGGAGGAGAUUCAGAUAUUCCGAUAUUUACGGACCAGUUUCUGCAGCACAACAAACUAAGAGAAUCAGAACUAAGACAGUUGAGGAAAGCCAAUGCUGAUUAUGAGCAACAGAACGCGAUCCUUCAAAGGCACGCGGAGGAAGUGUGCGGCGCGACGGUGAGGUUGCGCGCGGAGACCGCGGCCGCCGUGGAGCGCACCGCCGCGCUGCACUCGCAUCGCCGCGCGCUCGUCGCGUUGCUCGUACAGGGGCUACACACGCUGGCCUUGCCAGGUGGUCCAGCUGGAGCGACUGAUGCCAACAUUGACGAGUACAUGGAGAAACUACAAACCCUUGCCACAGAAAACAAGACGCAUGCGGCAGUCAAACAAGCUCGAGAAAUUCUGACGAAAAUUGAACUGCCUACAAAUUGAAAAAAAAUAUUUUUAAUAUGUCAAUCAUUAUUGAAUAAACAAAGUACAAUAAUACUU